AGUAACAAAUACGUUGUAGGCUUUACUUUAACCUAGACCGUGGCAAAAGGCAUACGUACGUAUUUACAUUUUCGUGGGUGAUGACUUUCACGUUGCAUUUAAUCCUCUUCCUCGUGUUGAGUGGAUCUUGUAAAGUGUCACCUUGUAAUGAGACGUCCCAAUUGGUCGAGCAAAUCCUAACCGUCCAAAGGGAACAGGUAGUAGUAUUGGAGGAAAUAAGGAACACUAUCGCCAAAUUAUUCACCAGCAUAAGGCCCGGCUCGAAAGAUGAUGGACCAUACAAAUAUAAUGUAUCUGAAAUCCCAUAUCAGAAGACUGGCGAGACAAAAUUCUGCGGGGAUGAUUUUGAUCUUGCUAGCUCAACCUUUCCAACAAAACCACUUAUUUGCGACCAAGGGUGGAUCACCAUUCAGCGAAGAGGUACUCCAACGGAAGGAGGGAAGGGUAGAACUGAUUUCGAGAGGAAUUUUACUGAUUAUACGAAUGGGUUUGGUCUCCACCUUAAUGGCGAGGACUUCUGGAUUGGCUUGCAAACAAUCCAUGAGCUAACUAAGGCAGGAUAUACGCAGUUACGGGUUGAUUUCGAAGAUUGGGUGGGAAUGAAAGCAUACACGACAUAUAGUGAAUUCAAUGUGGGUGGUGCACAAGACAAAUACAACUUAACGGUGGGGGGAUAUAAAGGAACUGCAGCAAAUUUCCUUCACCGAAAUUCUGGCAAAAAGUUCACCACAUUUGACAGUGACAAUGAUGAAUUCGAUAAUAACAAUUGUGGCUCGCAACGCCACGGUGGCUGGUGGUACUGGAAUUGUAAUGAGAGCCACCUGAACUCCAGGUAUCAUAAUUCCAGUCGAGAAGAAAAACCUUACAAAGGAAUUAUCUGGUACCCUUGGAGGGCCUACGACCAUUCUUUAAAAAAGGUUGAAAUGAAGAUUCGUAAACCACACAGAAUCAUCUAAAAAUAGUUGUUGUCUGAAAACUUGAAUGUAUGGUAUGUAUGUAUACAAUGAUUAUUGCAACUACAUAACGCACAUUAAAAUGUUAAUGGUCACACUUGUACGAUGAACAUAUUAAAAUAUGAUACUAACAAAUAAAAGCAUACAAAUUAGAUAUGUACCUACUAGUGCGAAAUAUAGAAAUAAGUAUAUGUAAACAUGGAAACAGAGCCAUAGAGAAGAACCUACUGGACUUUCUCAAUUAUUAUCAGUGCUCUGAACGUUCCUCUCACAAUGGUUCUGUUGUAUGAAAUUGACUGCAGUUAGUUUCAACACUGUGAAAAAACAAAUUUUGACUUGGAAUAUUUUGUCUAAUUUCAUCCAUAGCACAAAUUGCCUCAACAAACUUUGGUUAUCUUGAUUUGGAUUGGACCACAUAAUUCCCUAAUUUUAACCAAAUCGGAGAGCUACACUUCACACAAUCGCAUUGUCAGUCAAAUCAAGAAAUCAUGACGUGUGUUGCGGAAUUAUGCAAGACCAGCCUGUCAAUCCGUGUCUCCUUUUUUAGAGACUCCUACAUACUUUGAUCUCGGCAAAAGUAAUAUAUGCAAUGCAUACGUGCGGGGGAACGUCCAUCAAUUAUGUCACCGAAAAGUAGGGAAUCUCUAGACUCCCCCCGUUUGACAUGUGCCACAUUAUUUGAGCCUUGGACCUCGCCUCCCCUUUCUCGCGUGACAUAAUUUAUGAACAGUCCCUUAAUUAAAUUCGAAGUUCACUAAGAACUUACGAAGCAGAGUAUGUAUAUCCUUCUCCACACUUUAGUAUGUCGUCCACGUACCAACAAGCAGAAUCUUUAUUCACAUGCAUAUUAUAAAUACACAUUUCGGUAAUAAAUAGUAAUAACGUGGUAAACUUUACUUUAUUCUGGACAGUGGCCAAUGGCGCAUGCAUACACACUGCGAUGUCUUUUAUGUCGUAUUUAAUUUUCGUCCUGUUCUUGAGUCGAUCUUAUACACUGCAACGUCAGCCACAGGAAGAGCUCUCUUAAAUUACUGUUAGUUACAUUUAAUUUAAAACUAAAUCGAAAAUUGUAUUCAUGCGUAUAUGUAAAUACAUAGAAGUUAAAAUAAAUGUUCGUGUAAACUCAAAAUACCAUUAAAAGGCAUUAAAUAAAAAUUCUAUGACGUGUCACGUUUCUGAGAAAGGUUAAAGCUGAUGGUUUUUUCGCGAUCUCAACAGUAGCAAUAAAGUGAUGACACACAGAAUUGUCCUUAUGUCACGUCCACAUCAUCUGCCACCACUUCCGGAAAUCUGGUCAGCGUCUGACAAAAGACGGAUACAUAUUUAUUCUAGUGUGAUGACAUUUACAUCGUACUUAAUCUUUCUACUGGGAUUGAGUGGAUCAUGCAGGGUGACAGAAAGUGCGGAUCAGCAGAACGUUAACGAUCUUCUGAAAGUGUUUGCCGAUCGAUUGUCCAAAAUUCCCACGAAGGAUGACCUGGCCGCUUUGGAGACGAGAUUCAAUGCGAAAUUGGAUGGACUAAAAUCUGAUUUGGAGGCACUAAUCAAAGGAGGGAGUAGGAAAGAUGAAGGAAAUAACGAGGGAGAAAAUAAUCAUGGAAGGAAACGUAGGUCGAUGCAGGAACCAGAUUUCUUUGCAUCAGAUUACAGAUUGGGCUUAUUAUCAGCAGAAGUGCGGAAGUCUUCUUUUAACGAGACGUGCAAAUUUGUCGAGCAAAUCCUUACCGUUCAAACGGAGCAAGCCGCCAUCUUGGAGGAAAUAAGGAAUACUACCGCCAAAAUAUUUCAAAGGAAUGGUUCCAUCUUGAACGAGGCUGAGCUAUCCAAUCCGAACGUAUUCGAAAUUCCAGACCCAAGCACUGGCCGCCUGAAAACAUUCUGCGGGGAUGAUUUAGAUCUUGCUAGUUCAACUUUCCCCAAAAAAACGCUCAUUUGCGACAAAGGCUGGAUCACAAUUCAGCGAAGAGGUACUCCAACAGCAGGCUGGAAUGAGAGAACAAAUUUCGAGAGGAAUUUUACCGAUUAUUCUUAUGGUUUUGGUCUCCCGCUUUACGGCCAGGAUUUCUGGAUUGGCCUGAAAACAAUUCAUGAACUCACGGAGGCGGGAUAUACACAGUUACGCGUGGACCUCGAGGAUUGGGAGGGCAACAAAGCGUACGCGACGUAUGAGACAUUUAAAGUGGGUGGUCCACAGGAUAAGUGCAAAUUAACGGUGAAAGGAUACAACGGAACUGCAGGAGAUUCCCUAAGCCGAAAUUCUGGAAAAAAGUUCACCACAUUCGACAGUGAUAAUGAUGAAGACAAAAUUAGUAAUUGUGCUUCGCAGCACCGGGGUGGCUGGUGGUAUUGGAAUUGUUCUGAGAGCCAGCUGAACUCCAUAUAUCAUACUUCCAGCCGAGAGGACAAACCUCAUACAGGAAUAAUCUGGUACCAGUGGAAGGGCGACGAAAAAGGUUGAAAUGAAGAUUCGUAAACCACACAGGAUCAUCUAAAAAUAAAUCCCGUCUGAAUAGUUGAAUGUAUGUAUGUAUGUAUGUAUACAAUGAUUAUUGCAACUACAUAACGCACAUUAAUGUUAAUGGUCACACCUGUACGUUGAACAUCUUAAAAUACGAUACUAACAAAUAAGUAUACAAAUUAGAUAUGUGUGUACUUACUAUGAUAGUGCGAAAUAAGUAUAUGUAAACAUGGAAACAGAGCCAUAGAGAAGAACCUACUGGACUUUCUCAAUUAUUAUCAGUGCUCUGAACGUUCCUCUCACAAUGGUUCUUUUGUAUGAAAUUGACUGCGGUUAGUUCCAACAUUAGGAAUAAACAAAUUUAGACUUCGAAUA